AUGGUUGCUCGCAUUCCUGAUGCGAUGCUUCAAAAAAUCAAUCCAGCUCAUCCGAUGUUGGUGAAUUACUUGAAGACUAUUAGCACCAAUGUCGAAACUGGAGUGUUGUUACCUUCUACUGUUGAUCCUUCAAAGCUAAAGAGGGGAUCAAAGAAGAGUACUACUGAGAGUCCUUCGAAACCAUCACCUACUAAAGUUGGAAAAGUUAUUAAACCUAAGAAUUUCGAAACCUUGCAAGAACAAGGUACUUCUAAUCUUGUUAUUUCAUCUACCCUCACUACUUCCACAAUCGACACUUCUAUUUCUUUACCUCCAUUUGUGUCUACUACUCCUGUUGUUACCCAUUCACCCACAUUCGAUAACAUUCUCAAUCAACCCAUUACAUCUUUGUUUUCAUCCCAAUCCACUGAUCCACCUAUCACUCAUGAAGAAGAGGAAGCUCAGAGUGACGAUGAAAAGGAGUUUGAUGGUACUUUUGCAAAUCUCGAGUUUGAUCCGGAAAAGGAAAAUAUUCUUGAUAGCAGGUUACUUACUGGGAAGCAAUUCAAAAUUCUUAACAGAAAGCUUAAUUCCCUUUUGCAAAUUCAAGCUGAUAGUGGGAAUAAACAUUCAGUGUCAAGUCUCGAAGUUUAUAUUAUGCUCAAGCGUCAAGAACACAGACUUCAUGAAGCUAUUUUAGAUGUUGAUCGCAAUAAUGAGAAACGGAACUAUCGAUACAUUACAGUAAGGGAAAACAAUGUAGUGUUCGACUUCUCUGUUGCUGACUUCCCACUGAUGAACGUAUAUGAUCUUUUGAUUGUUGCGAAGAUCUUGAAGUCUAUUGAUUAUUCGAAGCUUCAACAAGGAAACAAGGAAGACUUCAUGAUAGGUUUUGAACACUUGAGGGUAUUCAUUGAUGGCUAUUAUGGAGCCCUAGCUUUAACCGAUAUUGAUCUUGCUACAACAUUGGGAAAGAAAGCUAUUGUUCCCAAAUCAAUGAUCAAGAAUCAGUAUUUUCUAAAAGAUUAUGAGGAUGGGGAAAUUUGA